UGAAUCUGAGCUAAUGAUUCCACCCUGCCAGAACACCGAUAUCAUGAUGUCUACAAGUUUCGGAACCCUCAAUAAUAGAAGCGGAACUCCAAAACAAUCGAACCUCUACCUGAUAGGACCUCAGUGUAGUGGGAAGACGACUCUUCUCAACGCAUUGAGGGCAUUCUACUCCGACCGCGAUCCAGCAUCUCACGGUAUCGAACAGCCGUUUUUCAUCGAAGAAGUCGUUCGAGUCAUAAUGCAUGAGAAGGGAUUUCAAGCAAGAGACCUAUAUGAUAGCGUUCGAGGCCUUCAGUUACAGACGCACAUUCUACUAAGGCAGAACCAAAUUGAAGAACAACUGAAGGACCGGUGGUUCUUGGCUGAUCGAUCAGCGCUAGACACGCUGGUAUACGCGAAACAAUACACGGGAACCGAUGCCUUCAAAGCAUUAGCGAGCACGAAGGAGUGGGAAAAUUCGAGAUUAAGAAUGCAAUACGCAACAGUGAUAGUUUGUGAGGCUGGUAACACAGAGUGGCUAAGCGCAGACAAAGUCAGGUUGGCGUAUCAAGAUACUGCAGGGUGGAAGGCAUUGAAUGAAUCGUUCUUUGUUAUGCUCAGGGAGUAUGGAAUCUCAUACAGCGUCCUACCCAAUGCUGUCAAAGACUUGGGGGAGCGGGUAGCACUGGUAAGCCGUCUUUUGAAUACAGAUACGAGUAACGCAUGCUUGGAGCCUGUUUCUUUUUGAACGUAUGUAGAUUACGAGACCAAUUACGGCAACGUCUCAUAGAAUCAUGUUAUAUUGUUUUUUA